UAUGCUUUAGUUAAAAAUCUAACAUAUUUAUUAUUUAUUUGCAUUAAAACUAGCAUAAUUAACAUAGUUAACAUGCCAAACAAACCAAGGGAUCAUUUCUCUUCAAGAAAACUUAUUUGUGUUUGCUGUGGUAAUAAGAAUUUAAAAUGCAUUGAACUGGUAACUGGAAAUCCUUUACUAAUCUUGAUUCAACUGUAUGCCAACACCAACUAUAAUAUGACACUUCUAUCCAACCCUGUUGGGUUAUGUCCAACCUGCAAGAUUUAUUUGUACUCAGCUAAAAAAGGAGAAACUUUAUCACUAGUUACUUUGGAGAGGCGGUUGCUCACAUCAGAGAGAAUAAAGUUACUUUCGAGAUUUAAAGGUAAUACUUUUACUUAUACUUACUUAUGCAUAUAAUAAAAGCUAUAAAUAAUAUGAGCAAACAUUUGUUUAUAUAUAUAAAUAUAGGUGAGGCAGUGUCAACAUGUGAUUGCCUGCUCUGUAUCAUGUCAAGAGAUAAAUCCAAAUCUAUAAACCUUCAGGAUGUAUUAAACAUGUACAUUAAUGACCCUGAAGUACCAAAGGAGGUCAUAGAUAAAAUUUGUUGUACUUGUUAUCAGAGAAUUGGAUCUGGAAUUCAACAUCCCUGUAAUAAGAGAGACAUUGUACAGAACCUAAAAACACUGCUAAUGUCAACAGGUUUAAAAACAGUUGAGCAAGUACUUAGCACAUCUCUGAAAGAAAUUCAACAAUUUAAAAAUAUUGAGUUAGAUAACACUGUUACUUUGUCAACUGGAGGAACUCCUUUGAGUCUUCAGAUAGGGAAAAACCUAACCCUUAAAACUCUACCCAAACUUUCUAUAAUAUCAAAAGAAAGCAUGGCAUGUCAGACUGUACUAUUGAUUCUAUAGCAAUGGAAUUAAGAAAAGAUUUGGGUAGAUUAGGUGUGGAAUCUAAUUAUUCCAAAAAAAUUAAGAUAUUGUCACAUGCCUUAAAUAACUAUUACUCAGUGGAAAAAGUGGAAUUUCUAUCCAAAAAUAAAGUUAAAGAAAAUAAAACUAUUGAAACUGUCAUUAAAGAUCUAGUGUAUGUCAAAGAUCCAGUAUCUCUAGUUAAUCAUGUUUGCAUUGUUAGGGGACUAGCAGUUGAGAAUGUUAUUAUUCGUAUAGCAAUAGAUAGUGGCCAAGGAUCUUUUAAAGUUAUUAUGAAUCCAAAGAAACCAAGAAUACUGGAGUGAACAAAGUUAUAAUAUUGGCUUUUGCCAAAAAUGUUUGCGAAAGCCACACAAAUCUUCAAAUUCUUAUAGAAAAAACAAAGCUAAACAAUUUAAAUUUUUACCUUGCUGCAGAUCUUAAAUGCAACAUAGUUUUAGAUUUGUCAGGACAUGGGGGAAAAUAUUCGUGUUUAUUUUGUGAUGGUGAUAAAACUAAUCUUGGAGAACUGAGAACCUUUAAUAUGCUUAAGAACACGUAUAAAAACUUUGCUGAAAGUGGAUUUAAAAAAAGCUCUAUGCAACUCUAUAAGAAUGUUAUACAUCCAUGUCUCCUGGUUGAGUCUGGAGAGAUGUAUGUUCUUGAUGUCAUCCCUCCUCCAGAACUACAUUUAAUGAUGAAGAUUAUAGCAGAAAUUUCAAAUGUCUUCUGUAAGGAACCUGAUGCUGCUCUUUAGUUAAAAAAGCAUGGAAUUAUUUGGCAUGGGUAUAAUGGAGGUGGACUGGAUGGUAGAAAUCCUAACAAAAUACUAAAGCUUUUGCCAGAUUUGGAAAAAUUUAUCUUAGAUAACUUUUCUUAUUAUUAUCCAGUUGUUGAACUGUUAAAGUCUUUUUCUUCAGUUAAAUUUUAAAUAUA